AUGUCUGGCGCUCCACCAAGUUACUGUUUUGUGGCUUUGCCACCUCGAGCCAAAGAUGGUUUGGUGGUGUUUGGGAAAAACUCAGCCCGGCCUAGAGAUGAAGUGCAGGAGGUUGUGUAUUUCCCAGCUGUUGAUCACGAAGCUGAGAGCAAAGUUGAGUGCACUUACAUCUCAAUCAACCAAGUUCCCAGGACCCACGCCAUAGUGAUAAGCAGACCUGCCUGGCUCUGGGGGGCAGAAAUGGGAGCCAAUGAACAUGGAGUAUGUAUAGCCAAUGAAGCCAUCAAUGCCAGAGAACCAGCUGCUGAGACGGAAGCCUUACUGGGGAUGGAUCUGGUCAGGCUUGGUUUAGAGCGAGGAACAACAGCAAAAGAAGCCUUAGACGUCAUUGUGUCCUUGUUGGAGGAGCACGGACAAGGUGGGAAUUAUUAUGAAGAUGGACUCUCCUGCCACAGCUUCCAAAGUGCAUAUCUGCUGGUGGAUCGUCAUGAAGCCUGGGUGCUGGAGACUGUGGGGAAGUAUUGGGCCGCCGAGAGGAUCACAGAGGGAGUGAGGUGCAUCUGCAAUCAGCUUUCACUCACCACUAAGAUGGAUGAGGAACACCCAGAACUCAGGACUUAUGCUCAGAGUCAAGGCUGGUGGACGGGAGAGGAUGAAUUCAACUUUGCCCAGGUUUUUUCUCCAGCUGAUGACCAUGUGGACUGCUGUGCAGGCAAAGCCUGCUUAGAAAAGCAAGAGGAAAGCAUCACUGUGCAAACAAUGAUUAACAUCUUACGAGACAAAGCCAGCGGGGUCUGCAUAGACUCCGAGUCUUUCCUCACUACUGCCAGUAUUGUGUCUGUCCUGCCUCAGAACAGAAGCUCACCGUGCAUCCAUUACUUCACCGGGACCCCGGAUCCUUCCAGGUCCAUAUUCAAGCCAUUCAUCUUUGUUGAUGAUGUAAAACUUGUCCCUAAAGCACAGUCACCCUGUUUUGGUGACGAUGACCCAGCCAAAAAGGAACCCCGGUUCCAGGAGAAGCCAGACCGCCGGCAUGAGCUGUACAAGGCUCAUGAGUGGGCACGUGCUGUCAUCGAGAGUGACCAGGAGCAAGGCCGCACACUGAGGAAGACCAUGCUGGAGUUGGAGAAGCAAGGCUUGGAAGCCAUGGAAGAGAUCCUAAGCAGCCCCGAGCCCCCGGACCCUGCCGAGGUGGGGGACCUUUUCUACGAUUGUGUGGACACCGAGAUGAAGUUCUUUAAGUGAUGUAAGCACCCUCACCCUUACUUAAAACUUCCCACCCAACUAAAUUACCAGCAG